AUGGCUCAGUUCUAUUACAAAAGAAAUGUCAACGCCCCCUACAGAGACCGCAUCCCACUGAGGAUUGUCAGAGCAGAGUCUGAGCUCUCACCAUCGGAGAAAGCCUACUUGAAUGCUGUGGAGAAGGGGGACUAUGCCAGCGUCAAGAAAUCUCUGGAGGAAGCUGAGAUUUACUUUAAAAUCAACAUUAACUGCAUUGACCCCCUUGGAAGGACUGCUCUUCUCAUUGCCAUUGAAAACGAGAACCUGGAGCUUAUUGAGCUAUUGUUGAGUUUCAAUGUCUACGUUGGCGAUGCGCUGCUUCACGCCAUCAGAAAAGAGGUGGUUGGAGCUGUGGAGCUGUUGCUGAACCACAAAAAGCCAAGUGGAGAGAAGCAGGUGCCUCCCAUUCUCCUUGAUAAGCAGUUCUCUGAGUUCACGCCAGACAUCACACCCAUCAUCUUGGCUGCACAUACAAAUAAUUAUGAGAUAAUCAAACUUUUGGUCCAGAAAGGUGUCUCAGUGCCCAGACCCCACGAAGUCCGCUGCAACUGUGUCGAGUGUGUCUCCAGCUCGGACGUGGACAGCCUCAGGCACUCACGGUCCAGGCUCAACAUCUACAAGGCGUUGGCCAGCCCCUCGCUCAUUGCCCUGUCCAGCGAAGACCCUUUCCUUACCGCCUUUCAGUUAAGCUGGGAGCUGCAAGAACUGAGCAAGGUGGAGAAUGAAUUCAAGUCGGAGUAUGAGGAGCUGUCUAGACAGUGCAAACAAUUUGCUAAGGACCUCCUAGAUCAGACACGGAGUUCCAGGGAGCUGGAAAUCAUUCUUAAUUACCGUGAUGACAAUAGCCUGAUCGAAGAACAGAGUGGAAAUGAUCUUGCGAGGCUAAAAUUAGCCAUUAAGUACCGUCAGAAAGAGUUUGUUGCUCAGCCCAACUGCCAGCAGCUGCUCGCAUCCCGCUGGUAUGAUGAGUUCCCAGGCUGGAGGAGAAGACACUGGGCGGUGAAGAUGGUGACGUGUUUCAUAAUAGGACUACUCUUUCCUGUCUUCUCCGUGUGCUACCUGAUAGCUCCCAAAAGCCCACUUGGACUGUUCAUCAGAAAGCCAUUUAUCAAGUUUAUCUGCCACACAGCCUCCUAUCUGACCUUUUUGUUUCUGCUGCUCCUAGCCUCCCAGCACAUCGACAGGUCAGACUUGAACAGGCAAGGUCCACCACCAACCAUCGUGGAGUGGAUGAUAUUACCGUGGGUCCUGGGUUUUAUAUGGGGAGAGAUUAAACAGAUGUGGGAUGGCGGACUCCAGGAUUACAUCCACGACUGGUGGAAUCUAAUGGACUUUGUGAUGAACUCCUUGUAUCUGGCCACAAUCUCCUUGAAGAUUGUCGCGUUUGUCAAGUACAGUGCUCUGAACCCACGGGAAUCAUGGGACAUGUGGCACCCCACCCUGGUGGCAGAGGCAUUAUUUGCUAUUGCAAACAUCUUCAGUUCCCUCCGCCUGAUCUCUCUGUUCACUGCCAAUUCUCACCUGGGGCCUCUGCAGAUCUCUCUGGGAAGAAUGCUUCUGGACAUCCUGAAGUUCUUAUUCAUCUACUGCCUCGUGCUGCUAGCUUUCGCCAAUGGCCUAAAUCAGCUGUACUUCUACUAUGAAGAAACAAAGGGGUUAAGCUGCAAAGGCAUACGGUGCGAGAAGCAGAACAACGCCUUUUCCACGUUAUUUGAGACACUACAAUCCCUAUUUUGGUCAAUAUUUGGACUCAUCAAUCUCUAUGUUACCAAUGUCAAAGCCCAGCAUGAGUUCACUGAGUUUGUUGGGGCCACCAUGUUUGGCACAUAUAAUGUCAUCUCUCUGGUUGUCCUGCUGAACAUGUUAAUCGCUAUGAUGAAUAAUUCUUACCAACUAAUUGCUGACCAUGCAGAUAUAGAAUGGAAAUUUGCUCGAACAAAGCUUUGGAUGAGCUACUUUGAAGAAGGAGGUACCCUGCCUACACCUUUCAAUGUCAUCCCAAGCCCCAAGUCCCUGUGGUACCUGGUCAAGUGGAUAUGGACACACUUAUGUAAGAAAAAGAUGAGAAGAAAGCCAGAAAGCUUCGGGACAAUUGGGCGGCGUGCUGCUGAUAACUUGAGAAGACAUCACCAAUACCAAGAGGUGAUGAGGAAUCUGGUGAAGCGGUACGUGGCAGCCAUGAUCAGGGAGGCAAAAACCGAAGAAGGCUUGACGGAGGAGAACGUUAAGGAACUAAAGCAAGACAUUUCUAGCUUCCGCUUCGAAGUUCUGGGAUUGCUCAGAGGAAGCAAGCUCUCUACGAUACAGUCAGCCAACGCGGCGAGUUCAGCGGACUCCGAUGAGAAGAGCCAGAGCGAAGGUAAUGACAAGGACAAGAGAAAGAAUCUCAGCCUCUUUGAUUUAACCACUCUGAUCCACCCGCGGUCGGCAGUCAUUGCCUCUGAGAGACAUAACCUAAGCAAUGGUUCCGCCCUGGUGGUGCAGGAGCCGCCCAGGGAGAAGCAGAGGAAAGUGAAUUUUGUGGCUGAUAUCAAAAACUUCGGGUUAUUUCAUAGACGGUCAAAACAAAAUGCUGCUGAGCAAAACGCAAACCAAAUCUUCUCUGUUUCAGAAGAAAUUACUCGUCAACAGGCGGCAGGAGCACUUGAGAGAAAUAUCCAGCUGGAAUCCCAAGGAUUAGCUUCACGGGGUGACCGCAGCAUUCCUGGUCUCAAUGAACAGUGUGUGCUAGUAGACCAUAGAGAGAGGAAUACGGACACUUUGGGUUUACAGGUAGGCAAGAGAAUGUGCUCCUCCUUCAAGUCGGAGAAGGUCGUGGUGGAAGACACCGUCCCUAUUAUACCAAAGCAGAAACACGCCCAGGAGGAAGACUCAAGCAUAGACUAUGAUUUAAGCCCCACGGACACAGCUGCCCACGAAGAUUACGUGACCACAAGAUUGUGACACUUGGAGGAGUGUUUACCGUACCUAUACAUAUUUUCCAUAGUGCUCUGGGCAGGCAAAAUGUUUGAAAUUCCAUUAUCAAAUGCUAAUUUACACUUUCUAAUGUUUAUGCGUUGUGGCAUAUUAAUCCGUAAUAUGUUUGAACAAAGCAGAACCCUCC